GGAUUUGAACGAGCCCAAGCUGAGCCGGGAGACAGUUUCCAUGUCCGAGCUUUGUUCGACCGGAUAGUGGAAGGCUCAUCGGUGUCGUCGUCGUCCGCACUUUCUGGCCCUGAAGCCCACGAUAGACCCUUGUCCUUCAGGCAUGGUGACAUCCUGUUUGUGGACAAUACUAUGUUCAAUGGUGUGCCGGGGCAGUGGAGAGCCUGGUUGGUGGAUCCCAUCACUGGCCAUCCUGUUUCUUGUGGACUGAUACCCUCGAAAGAAAAGGUUGAAGAAGAACUCCUGAUCCGUCGAGGGAUCGGCAUCGAAUUCGACAUGGAAGCCCCACAGCUCCACUACGCACUCGGUGGUGGGCUGACUUCAUCCACAACAUCUGGAGCUUCAUCAUCGUCAACCCGAAGUCGAGGACUCGCCUACGCCAGAAGAUCCUUUUUCCGCCGUAAGAACAAGUCUGGGGCGUCUGGAGGCGCCACUGGAGCAGAUGCGUCUUCUUCUUCCUCAUCGUCCAAUGCAGCUGUGACUCUGCGGUCGUCGUCGUCGUCCUCUUCUAGCUCGUCGCACGGAGCCAAAGAACUGGCGUCGUUUUGCGACGUUUCGCUGUAUGCUGGAUAUGGAACCCAGGACGGAUCUGGGUUCGAUGCGACCCUGCGAGAGGAUUUGGCCUUGCCCAGUUAUCAGCGAGUCAGGCGAUUCAACUAAGAAGUGAAACCGAACAAGGGAAUGCUGAACCUGCAUUGCGUGUUGGACGUUAGCUUGCAGUCCGUCGGCCAAUUGCAAACCCGUGGGCUGCCCGCGAUUGUGCUGUUCAUCAAAUUCAAGUCGAUCAAGCAGAUCCGUGAAGUGAAGGAUACGCGUUUGGGAGAGAAGAUAUCCGCGAAAGUUGCCAAAGAAAUGUUUGAGCAUGCCCAGAAGAUUCAGUCGGAGUUCAGUCACGCGAUUUCCGAACAGGGUUUACUGACUUGA